AUGGGUCGCCGCAAAAUUGAAUCUCCAGACGAGUUCCGGCCGACGGACGCCAUCAACAGCAACAACAGCGUCGGCUCCGGUGGAGGACAACAGUUGCCACCGAUUGAGAGGAAGUCUGUGUUUGAAAGACUCGGCAAUUUUAACGCCCGAAGAGGUGCUGGCGGUGGACAGCAAACUAUGGAUGAGUCGGAUCUGAGGUAUCGCAUGAGCCGUAAGAGACGGACCAACGAUAAGCAAUCGUCUCCUCCCACCGCUCAGACACCACUCUCUCCGCCGCCGCCAUCUCAUCGACACGUGUCGGGCGGCGGCAGCGGUGGUAAGGGUUCGUCCAUUAAGAGCGAAGACAAAUCGGACGCGAAGGUCAAGUCGUUAGUGUUGGCGCCAAAUCGGCGCUCAGAGUCUCCGCCGAUGGGCGGCCACAGUGUCUCCUCUUCGACGUCGAAACGGCCGACGCAUAGGAGCGGCAAAUAUGACGGCGAAGACGUGGACAGCGAUAGCGAAGAUUUGGGCAAAAAGAAACUCGAAAUACUUAAGCAGUUGAUGGACUUAGAGAGCGCCGGCGCCCCCAACGAGACCACCGCCGCCGACGUCUCUACACACAAGCCCUCUGCCGUCAGUCCGUCUCCGGUGGUGAGCGUAGCGGUUCCGCAGCGCGACCUAAGCCGCAGCUCAUCGCUUAUAUCAUCGGAAAGUGACUCGUAUUCCUCGUCAUUGACUAAAACAGAGAGCAGUGAAAGCAUUGACAUAAAGACAGUCAAGAGUUCGGCAAACAAAGCGGUGGACAAGAAGUCUGACAAAAGUGAUUAUAAGAGUAAACUGAGUGACAGUAAGGCUCGGACUCCGCACGUGUCGAGCUCUAUAUCAGUGAAAAGUGGGACACAUUUGGGCGACUCGUCCUCGCGGUCGGCGUCCAAGGGAUCUGAAGUGAAACUGGACCGACACGGGAACGUACGGAUCAGUCUCGACGAACAGGAACGACAGAAACGAUUGCGCGCCGAGAGGUUCGGUCACAACAAGUCGAAGAAUGAGUCCAAGAAGAAGAAGUCAUCGCGAGACACAUCCCGUCAUUCGACUGAGCCUAAGAUUGUGGUCUCGAGAGAAGACUCAUACUCUCCGCCUUCAAAGAAAUCAAAGGAAUCGUCUGAACGUCUUGUGACGGAAGCGCUAAAACCUGAGCGAACGGACGACUCGAAGAAAGACCGCAAUAGCGGUGCGAGUCUUCACAGCACUAAAUAUGACUCAUUAAGCCCUCGCAGCCGAAGCCAUGAACGCAAAGACAACUCCAAACACGAAGACAAUCGAAGUAAGAGUUCGACGAAUAGUUCUAAACAAUUUUUGGACACAAAUUCUGGCGGUCUUCGCGACCGUUCCCGUGAAAGUCAUUACUCAGAGCGAGACAACGCUUCUGUGGGCCGUAAAUACGGUCGACAAAGAGGAGGUCACCACUCGAGAGAACAAUCGCCGACACAUUCGAGUCAUUCAAAGCUAAGUCGUGACAGAGAGUCGUCUAUUGGCAGUGAUUUCUCGCGUCGAUCCAAAUCUGAGCGCUUGUCUACGAAAUCCAUUGAUCACAACAAAAGCAAUAAUGAGUUAAAAACAAUUGAGAUUAAAGUGAACGACUCGAUCAUUGAGGACAGGUUGUCGUCAAUCAGUGCCGACAGCUCUAUACCCGAUGUGCCAGAAAUGGAUUCGCCUCUCAUUGCGUCCAAAGAGGCAAAAGAGAGCAAACGAACGAAGAGUUUGUCUCCGAAACGCGUAGAGACCAAAGUCGUGGACGACUCGGACUCCGACACCGAAGACAAGUUCAGUGACUGGAGUGACACCGAAGAUGAGAUUCUUCUCAAGAAAGACGGCUUCGAGACACUCGACGAAGUUUGCAAUAUAUCCGACAACUCUCUCGGCAAAGACUCGUGGACUGCAAAGUCGAGUCAUUCAAAGAGCAAACGAGACUCUCAUAGCAGUCACUCAAUCGCUCACAACAAAGACGAUGCCUUAGAGGCAAUCAGUGACGACGAAUUGGAUGCCAUUAUCGGCGACUCAGAUCCGAGUGACACCACUGUCGACGCCAAGACGUCGAACUCCAGCCGACAAGUGUUGGAUUCGUUGGAUAUCGAUUGGGGAAGUCUUGUGACGGAACCCAAAGCCAAGUUGGAGUUCAUACCGGGUUCGGCGCGCAAGAGGUUUAGCGCCGCCAACGUUCUCAUGAGGAUUGGCUUCUCUCAGGCGUUCGCCGGACAACAGAUGACACAGAAAUUGAUUGAUUUUUGCCAAAACGAGUUGAAGGAAGAGUUCGUGCCGUUCCGGCACCCGAUCGCUGCCGUCCACUCCAUUAUGAGUGAUCGCAUUAGAGAACGGCUGCAACUGUUUGGCGCCGACACCACUCCGGCCACAGUAUUGAGCGGCAGAAAAGACUUACAAAUACGAAAAAUGCUAAAUAAGUCCAACUUUAAGUUGACUGACAAUUGUGUGACGACUGGUGUGACCGCAGCUACGCCUCCAUCGACAACGACUACUAUCGCAACCAUUACUACAACUACUCCACCAGUGAAUGAGUUAUCAGUUUCGUCGACAAAUCCGAUUGGAAGUCAUGUGUCGGAUAUCGAGUGCUUUUAGACUAUGUUUUACAUUAUAUAAUAUAAAAAGACACACAAAAGACAUGUAAAGUUUUUUCUUAACCUAUUUGUUAAGUAAUUCACGGAAUAAAUGAAUAGUAAAAGUGAAGCCAA